UUCGAGUUCGAGGGAAAGUCACAAAUCGUAAACUGAUUCCUUUCAUUCCUUUCUCCAAAAAAUUGCAAUUACCUUGCUUUAUUUUUCUAAAUUGAGUGGUCAAAAAUGCCUUCAAUGAAGGUAGAAGGUGAUAGUGACGGUGACGGAGACAUGUCUGGAGGAGAUACUGAAAGAUCUGGGGGAUCCUCCCGAGGGCCUGAUAGGGACUCCAGCGCUGAGGAAGCUGAUGAACCCGACUCUGAUGACUCCUCAGAGAUGGACGAGAGUGAAUGCGAGCGGCGCAGGAACGAGUGCCUGGACAACUUAGCGAACCUCGAGCGUCAAUUCACUGUUCUCCGUGAGCAGCUGUACUGUGAGAGAGUUAAGCACGUAGAGUAUCAGCUGGCCGAAGUGCGCGGUGGAAGGUCGCAGGAGUACCAGGGGCCCUUACGCAGGCUGCAAGAGAACAUGAGGGUUAGAAUCGAAGUGGCCGGCAUCCUGAAGCAGUACCGCAUCGAGAACAUCAAACACAAGUACGAGGCUGAGGAGCAGGCCGCUCACCAGCAUUAUAAGAGUGAAAAAUGGUUGGCCUACGAGACGCUAAAAGAAGAGAUCCAAGAAAAAAUCCGUAAGUUAGAAGAAGAAAGGCACACAGUGGACUUAUGGCCUAGCGGGAACGAAUGGGGCAGGAGGAGGCGCAAGAGGCAGGUGACUGUCUCCCCCCCUUAUGUAGUCUACAUGCUCCCUGAUGCUGACAUCAUGGAAGACUGGCGACUCGUCAGGAAACUGCUCGAGAGAGCUGACUAGCGAAUAAUCUAGGUUUAAUAGGAAGGUGGAUUGUGUGCAUAAUUUUAUAAUAGAUCGUUUCAUCCACAAAGACGCGCCCCAACAAUUUUUGGUCGAGGGAAGCGCGGGUUGCGGGGAGUAUGAUCCGAUCAAUCCGAGCGUCAUUAUUGUAGUGUGCGUGUGCACUCAUCAUUGAUCGUGUACCGAUAACACUCAAACAUUAGCGGAAGAAUGGUGGGGCGCGUCUUCGUGGAUAAAACAAUCUAUACCUGGGACAGUCUUAGUGCGGACACGGCAGUCGCUUCACAAGCUUGAUGUCCUAUUCGAAGGCAAAGAAUCUUCUGAAUUGUUUAUCAGAAGGUUAGUAAUUGUAAUUAAUUUAUGUUCUCUAGUUAGUUUAAUUGCCUCCGAGAGCUUACAAAUGGAGUCAAGGUUGGGAAACGAUGCACAGACAUAAUGAUAAUCAUGAUUAUUGGUUUUAUUUUAGAGCCAAAAUGUUAAAUUUUCUAUUUUUGUAACAUAAGUUACGUGUUACAAAGUAAUUUUUGUGGAUUUUAUAACCUGAAAUAUACGAGUAAUAUCAUGGAUAGUCACAAUACAUAUUAGCAAUUACACCACUGUAUGUUUUACAUGUAAUACAGAGAAGAAUUUAUUAUUUUUACUUCAAUUCUGAUCUCAUCCUCCUUUUAAUCAUCUGCUAUCGUUUAAAUUGUAAUUACCUCCAUGUUGCUAUUGUUUCGAAUUUAAUUAAUUUGUAAAAGUUCACUAAACCACUAUACUGAGUACAAAAUGUGCAUUUAAAUGUCACACUUGCAUGCUCUUUUGUACAUACAUAACUAAUUUGACAUAAAUUAGGUUUGGAAUGUCUGACAACACUGUUAUUAAGGACUAGAGUAGCUAAAUAUCUAGUUGAUAGUACAAAACCAUCUUUCAAUUGUUUAAUAUUAACAGAGAAAUUAUUGGAACUUUGCCAGGUGUGAAUUUAAGGAUCGAGGCUCUACAACAAUAAAUAAUACCGCCAGUAUUAAAUAACUCUGUUGUGAAAAUAGUUCAGCUUUUUUAAUAUAUGUACUA